AUGGAAGUUCAUUCUAACCACUCUGCUGAGGAUGCCGUGCGCUCCUCCGCAAAGCGUACCGCCGACCUCUUUGGCACUGAAUACCUAAUGGUCACCCCCUCAACCUCGACAGACGGUUCAAUUGGCAUCUCAUACCGACGAAAGGCAGAAUACGAAAGUGUGAAGGAACUGCCGCCUGUGCUUGCAGAGAAGCAGGCCAAGGCAGCAGCCGGUCGCUCAAAACGGCCCAGAAUCCAAGCACAGGCCCAGGCCUCCGGCGGCGACGGGAGCGGUGCAUCAAUGUCGCUUGUCAAGAGAACACCAGGUCUUUCCGGUAGCGAAGAUCAGCCUAAGAGCCUUAUCCAGAGACCAUCAGCAACGAAGCAACAACCCCCCGAGUGGCACGCGCCAUGGAAGCUGAUGCGUGUGAUAUCAGGCCAUCUGGGAUGGGUCCGGGCUAUUGCUGUUGAGCCAAAUAACCAGUGGUUUGCUACUGGGGCUGGAGACCGAACCAUCAAGAUUUGGAAUUUGGCAACUGGCGCCUUGCGCCUUACUCUCACUGGACACAUCUCAACUGUGCGCGGUCUGGCCGUGUCACCGCGGCACCCGUACCUCUUCUCGUGUGCCGAGGACAAGAUGGUUAAGUGCUGGGACUUGGAGACCAAUAAAGUUAUUCGUCAUUACCACGGCCACUUGAGUGGUGUUUAUACCUUGGAUAUUCACCCUCACCUCGAUCUGCUGGUGACCGGCGGUCGUGACGGUGUGUGUCGUGUGUGGGAUAUGCGCACGAGAAGCAACAUCCACGUUUUGUCCGGACACAAGGGCACCAUUGCCAGCCUGAAGUGCCAGGAAGCCGAUCCCCAAAUUAUCUCCGGUUCAUUAGACUCGACCGUGCGAUUGUGGGAUCUGGCUGCUGGUAAGUCGAUGGGUGUUUUGACCCACCACAAGAAGGGUGUGCGCGGACUUGCCAUUCACCCGCGUGAAUUCACCUUUGCCACUGCUAGUACCGGAAGCAUCAAGCAGUGGAAGUGUCCAGAGGGUGAAUUUAUGCAGAACUUUGAAGGACAAAACGCUGUCAUCAACACACUCUCCGUGAACGAAGACAAUGUCAUGUUCUCUGGAGGUGAUAACGGCUCUAUGUCUUUCUGGGACUGGAAGACUGGUCACAGAUUCCAGGAUAUGGAUAGUAUUGCACAGCCUGGUUCUCUUGUAGCCGAGGCUGGCGUUAUGGCCUCGACAUUUGAUCGUACUGGCCUGCGUCUCAUCACUGGUGAAGCUGACAAAACUAUUAAAAUCUGGAAACAAGAUGAAAAUGCUACACCUGAGACCCAUCCUCUUACCUGGGCACCUUCUCUGGGAAGAACACGGUAUUAG